AUGGAAACCUGGGCAAGUCAACACUCCGGCCCCAGCGCCACACAAGAUUCAGGAACGCCUCGACUCGUGUGGCUUCUCGCCUCCGCUGUGGAGACAAUUGUCCAGCAGAACGAGAGGGUAAUCCUUCUUGCCAGGGGUUCGAGAAAGAAAGACGAAGUCACCAUCUUCCACGGAUCAAAAUCGCCAACACUGACCAUCAGGCAGUACCUGGAGCGCGUGUUCAAGUACGCGAAAUGCAGCACGUCUUGCUUCGUUGUUGCAUACAUCUACCUGGAGAGAUAUCUGCAGAGAAGAAGGGGCAAUCGGCUGACUCUACUGAACGUCCAUCGACUUCUGAUCACCAGCAUCCUGGUGGCCGCCAAGUUCAUGGAUGACGAGUGUUACAGCAAUGGCUACUAUGCGAAAGUGGGAGGAGUCAGCACAGCAGAAUUGAACAAAAUGGAGUUGGAGUUCUUGUUCCACCUGGAGUUCAGACUCAAUGUCACAGUGGAAUGUUACAGGAGCUACGCUGUAGGUUAGAGAGGGAAAAAAGUGGAAGAAGAUAUUACAAGAUAGAACAGCCGUUUCAUCCCUAGAAAAGCUGAGAGCAGAG